AUGGAAGGUGGCAUUGAUGAUUUUUUGUUGGAAACUGAGGAUGAGAUCAUUGCGGAGAACAGGAACAUAGUGGAAGAUGAAAUGUUAGGAGAUGAUGGUAUCGUUGUACCUAAGGUCGGAAUGAUAUUUUUAGCAGUGAAAAUGAAAUGUCGAAGGCCAAGUACUGCUACCGGAUCUGUAAGGCCGCAACCAACAAUUCAAACCAAUUGUAAGGCCCGGAUAAGCGCAUCUUCAGAUGAUCAUGGAUCUUGGAGAAUUAAUGCAGUCCACCUCGACCACAAUCAUGGAACAAGCCCAUCGAAAUCCAGGUUGUUUCGAUGCAAUAGAGAACUGAGUGCACAGGUUAAGCGGAGGCUUGAAGUGAACGAUGUGGUGGGAAUUCCGUUGCACAAAAGUUAUAAUUCCGCAGUUGUUGAGGCGGGCGGAUACGAAAAUAUGACUUGUGUGGAAAAGGAUUGUCGGAACUACAUCGAACAAGUGAGACGGUUGAGACUCGGAGAAGGAGAUGCCGCCGCAAUACAAGCAUAUUUUUCAAAUAUGCAAGCACAUUGCUCGGGGUUUUAUUUUAGUAUUGAUUUGGAUGAUGAAUCGCGGUUGAGGAACAUAUUUUGGGCAGAUAAUAGGUGUAGGCAUGCAUACAAGGAAUUCGGCGAUAUGGUCACGUUUGAUACAACGUAUCUUACAAAUAAGUAUGAUAUGCCUUUUGCUCCUUUCGUUGGCGUCAAUCACCAUGGACAAUCAACACUGCUUGGUUGUGGUUUGCUUUCGAACGAGGAUACAAAUAGUUUUGUGUGGCUAUUUAGGUCAUGGCUUCAGUGCAUGCACAGUGUAGCUCCCCAUGGAAUAAUCACUGAUCAGGAUAGAGCCAUGCAAAAUGCAAUUCAAAUUGUUUUUCCAAAUACAAACCAUAGGUGGUGUUUAUGGCACAUUUUGAAAAAGUUGCCAGAGAAGUUUGGGUACCAUAUUGAUAAGGGUUCUAUAUUUUCUGAUAUACAUGGAUUGGUGUAUGAUUCCCAGUUCGUUGAAGAGUUUGAAGAAGGUUGGAUCGCAAUGAUUAAUAAGUUUGGAUUGCAUGAAAAUGAUUGGUUAUCUGGACUAUACGAGAACAGAAAGCGUUGGGUUCCUUGCCUUCUGAAAAUCACUUUUUGGGCAGGGAUGUCAACAACGCAAAGAAGUGAGAGUAUGAAUGCGUUCUUUGACGGAUAUGUACACUCAAAGACUUCAUUGAAACAGUUUGUAGAACAAUAUGAGCGAGCACUAAGGAAUAAGGUUGAAAAGGAAUUUCAAGCUGAUUUCAAAUCAUAUUCACAAAUGCUACCAUGCGUAAGUAUGUUUGAAAUGGAGAAACAAUUUCAAUCUGUUUAUACCAUCUCAAAAUUCAAGGAGGUUCAGGAGGAGUUUAUAGGGAAGAUGUAUUGUGACCUCAUAUCUACUUCAGAAAAUAGUUUUGGGACAAUGUACGAGGUCUGCGAAGUUGUGGCAUGCGGCGAGCGAAUGAAGAAAAAAACAUUUUUUGUGUCAUUUCAAAAGGAGAAUUGUCAAUUCAUUUGCAGCUGUCACUUGUUCGAGUUUAGGGGUAUAAUUUGUAGGCAUGCGAUAUCGGUGUUGAUCCGUAAUUGCAUCACAUCAAUACCGGAGAGGUACAUACUGAGACGAUGGAGAAGAGAUGUUAGUAGAGCACACGCGAGGGUUGCUGUGAACUAUGCUGGGUUGGUUAGUACACCUAGUCAGUUGAGAUAUGAUAGUAUGUGUCAGUCUUUUGCUGGGUUGGCAGAUCUUGCUGCUGAUGAUGACGGGCAGACUCGCGCCAUAAUAGACUGGAUAGAAUCGCAGUGUACAGUUCUUACGUUGACACGGACGAGUACAAGCACUAAUGUCCUCGCACACCAUACGGUACAAUUAGGCCCCCAGUGUAAUGUAUCGCAGAAUACCUUGAGCGGGAGCGUACGGGACCCUCUCGUGUCAAGAAGAAAGGGUGCACCAAAGAAACUUCGAAGUAAAAGCCCGUUGGAGUCGAGUUUGAAGAAAGUAAAGGCAACAUUGACAUCGAGCAAAGGAAAGAGACCAAAUUCGAGUCAGAGUGCUACUCCAGUUGGUACACAAGAACUUCAGGCGUCCCAACAUUAG